AUGAGCAACAGGAGACAGAAGAGGACGCAAGUAUUUGUGUGGUACACCUAUGAUGUAGCUCAGGCAAGAAUCAGGGACCUAGUCCUGAACUUUAAUGGAACUCCUGGGCCCAUGGGGCAGAGUGUGUGUGUGGAAGCCCCAGGUGCAUUGAAUUUAAGUCCCGAUGAUGGUGAUUCCAUUCCAGGAGAAAGACAACCUACAGAUAUAAACUGGGUAAAUAAAGAUAGGAAAGACUCUAAGAGUAAUCGGAAUAGAAGUAAUUUACUGUUUCCUAGUCUGUCUUCUGAAAGAGGUACAGAUUAUGAAAGCUCUUCCACAAAGCAUCAUGGCUUUUGUAAUCCAGUAAGUCAGUAUGGGAAUUCUGCAGACUUCCACCAGUGUUUUGGUACCAGUAAAAGUUUGAAGAAUCGCAACUUGCAAAACCAGAGAUGGCACAGAUCACGAAACGAUAGCGCAUGUACUAGAAGCAAGGUAAAGCAAAGUACUGUUGAUGCUGCUGCAGGUCCAGGAAUUUCAGAUGCUGCAGUAGUACCUGGGAGAAGAGCACCUCCUAGAGGAUACAAUGACUUUGUCUCCUCAGAGAGCGACAGGGAUGUACCUAAUGCAGAUAGCAGAGGAGCAAAGCCAAAGAAAACACAUCUGAUGCAUGCAUCUGGAAGAGGCUUCAGAGAGAAGGGAAAGCAAGUACAUGAGCGGGAAAAGAGAGUGAGCUCUAAACAGAAAGUCGAGCUGUUUGAAAAUGUUCCAUCUUUGGAUUUGACUCAGUCUGACUCUUCAGAAUCAUCUGUUGGAAAGGCAUUCGGUGAUGGAGCUGUUGGUAGUGCAGAUGAGCAGAAAGGCUACAAUUAUGUAAACAAAAGAUAUUCCCGGAAGCCUGUGUGGAAUAAACCCCCAAUAGAAAAGGAGUGUCAGAAAAGACCUGAUUCUCACCGUGGUAAAAAUACAAAAGUGUGUAAGAAGUCUUCUCUUGCAUAUGCUCCAAAAGAUAAAAGUGAGAGAAAGAAAGAACUCUCUGUUCACAAAAAUGAUGAAAACUUGACCAGUGAAAUCGGGCAUCAAUUGUCUGACUGUGUUGGAUGUAAUGGAAGAAAGUUCCUGCUAAAGGGGGAUCAGGCACCUGCACUUCAUUUCAGCUGGACCCAGUACUGGAAGAAGCAAAGUGAUGUACCAAAAAACAAAGAAACUCAUACAGGGUCGUUGAUUGAACAGCUGACAACAGAGAAGUACGAGUGCAUGGUAUGCUGUGAAGUGGUCCGAGUAGUAGCCCCGGUGUGGAGCUGUCAGAAUUGUUACCAUGUCUUCCACCUGAAUUGCAUUAAGAAGUGGGCACGAUCACCAGCUUCACAAGCUGAAGAUGGUAAUAGUGGUUGGAGAUGUCCAGCUUGUCAGAAUGCUUCUACGCAGGUUCCUAAAACUUACACUUGUUUCUGUGGUAAGGUGCACAAUCCUGAAUGGAAUAGAAACGAAAUCCCACAUAGCUGUGGGGAACUUUGUGGAAAGAAGAGACAGUGUUUGGACUGUCCGCAUCUUUGUAACAUCCUGUGCCAUCCAGGACCUUGCCCUUCAUGCCCAGCCUUUGUGACAAAAACAUGUGAAUGUGGACAAACGAGUCAUUCAGUUCGCUGUGGCCAAUCAACAAAAAUUCAUUGUUCUAAUGUAUGUGGAAAUAUUUUAAACUGUGGUAAGCACAGCUGUACUCAAGUGUGCCAUGCAGGAAAAUGUUCACCUUGCCAAUUAACAGCACAGCAAGUGUGUUACUGUGGAAGGAACUUUAAAGAAGUAUUGUGUGGGACAAAGGAAGAAUUCUCUGAUGGAUUUGGGAAUUUCUCGUGUCAGAAUAUAUGUGGCAAAAAAUUAAAUUGUGGGAGGCACAACUGUACACAAGUAUGCCAUCCUCAGCCUUGCCAGCUCUGUCCACGACUUCCACAAGUAGUGUAUCGCUGUCCCUGUGGUCAGACUCCUCUCAGCAAGUUACUGGAACUAGGAUGUGUUGAACGUAAAAUAUGCACAGACCCUAUCCCAUCGUGUGGAAAAACAUGUGGCAAACCUCUUUCUUGUGGUAGCUAUGAGUUCGUUCAUACAUGUGAAAGCCUUUGCCACGAAGGAGACUGUAGACCAUGUUCUCACACAUCAAAUAUUUAUUGUAGAUGUGGCUUCAAAAAAAAGGAAGUUCCAUGUGCUCUCCUCAGAAAUAAAGCUGCUAUUACAUUCAUGUGUGACAAGCGAUGCAACAGGAAAAGAUCAUGUGGACGACACAAGUGUAAUGAAGUUUGCUGUGUGGACACAGAACACAAGUGUUCUUUGGUUUGUGGUCGUAAACUCAACUGUGGGCUUCAUAGGUGUGAAGAACCCUGUCAUCGGGGCAGUUGUCAAACAUGCUGGCAAACAAGUUUUGACGAGUUAACCUGUUAUUGUGGUGAAUCUGUGAUUUACCCCCCUGUCCCCUGUGGCACUCAGCCACCAGAGUGCAAAAAACCCUGCACCAGGCCACAUGACUGUGAUCAUCCAGUGUACCAUUCAUGUCAUAGUGAGGAGAAAUGUCCACCCUGUACCUAUCUCACUCAGAAAUGGUGUAUGGGCAAGCAUGAACUGCGAAGUAAUAUUCCUUGUCAUCUCACUGACAUUUCCUGUGGACUUCGCUGCAAUCAAAUGUUAAAAUGUGGAAUGCACAAAUGUAAAAGAAUCUGUCAUAAAGGAGAAUGUCUUAUAGAUGAAGAGUGUAAGCAGCCAUGUGUUAUUCCAAGGCUAUAUUGUAAUCAUCCCUGUAUGGCUCCAUGUCAUCCUUCUUCACCCUGCCCGACAACAUCCUGCUGUGCAAAGGUUGAUCUUCAAUGUGAAUGUGGAAGAAGAAAGGAGAGUAUGAUUUGCUCAGAGGCAUCUAAUACAUAUCAAAGGUUUGUACUGUAAUAAUUCUUUUAAUUCCUUACU